UCCAUAACUUAUUGAUUUAUUUUGGAAAACCUUGUUACAUUGUUUAAUGCAUCCAGCGGGGCAUCACAACAAAAUUAGGCAUAAUAAUGUGUUAAUUCUACGACUGUAUAUAUCAGUAUCGGAAUCGGUAAUUAAGAGUUGGACAAUAACGGAAUAUCGGAUAUCGGCAAAAAAGCCAUUAUCGGACAUCUCUAGUUCUUACCUUUUUUUUGUACAAAACUUGAAUCAAAUUAAAUUAAGGUUUGAAUAAAAAGGUAUACAAAUGGUUUAAAAUAAAUAAAAAAGUGUAAAAAAAUUGUUGUAAUGGGGAUGGCCUCCAGAUACUAAUAUUAUUUAACCCUGAAUGCACCAAAUAUUGUGAGCAAUAAUGUAAGCUCAUCUUUACAUCCAUUUUUAACAUAUUUUUUUCCCCCUUUACUUCCUGUUCUCUUCAAAUAUUCAUGCCGUCUUUUCUCACAUCCUGUCAGGAAGCCAUGAUGGUGGAUGACACCCGUGAGAAGACAGCAGGAAGUGGGAGUUCACGUGCAGAGACGCCACAGUCUGUCAGCUGCUCACAAGAAGAUGUUGAGAAGCUGCAAAGGGAUCUGAAAGGAAUCGUUCACAUACCGGCGGUGACAUCAUAGCGUUGGCGUCGGGGGGCUAUGGUGAGGCCGGCCAUGUGCUCAGGGUCAUGUGGAGCAACAUCAGCACCAGAAGACCAAGUCAAGUGGGCCACUUCCUGCCAUGGCUGUGCAUCCUCCUCUGCUGCACCUCUCUGCGGGGCCAAGCCUCCCCGCCGUGUCCGGACAGCUGCCAAUGUGCCUGGGACACGUCCACCGUGCUCUGCUCGGACGCCGGCCUGCAGGAGAUCCCCGAGGGCAUCCCGCCCGACACCGUCUCCCUCCACCUGGAGCGCAACAACAUCCGCAGCAUCCCGGAGAGUGCCUUCGUGGACCUGGUCCACCUGCGAGACCUGGACCUGUCCCACAACCGCAUCGACACGCUGUCCUCGGGCGCCCUGCGGCAUCUGGGGCCGGAGCUCCGCCUCCUGGACCUGUCGCACAACCAGCUGAGACAAGCCAGCAGGGAGGAGCUGGGGUCCACGCGGGCCAAGACGCGCCUUUACCACAACCCCUGGCACUGUGACUGCACCCUGCAGGAGCUGAUGGAGACCCUCAACCUGGAGGCCGAGACGGUGAACGGGAUCGUGUGCGAGAGCUCGGUGCGGGCGCUGGGCGAGUCCAGCAGGUGGGAGGAGCACGGGUGGCUGGGCGAGCACGCCGGCCAGCCUCUGGUCAAGCUCUUGCACUCCGGGGUGAACUUCUGCAGCCUGCAGAGGAAGACCACCGACGUGGCCAUGCUGGUCACCAUGUUCGUGUGGUUCUUCAUGGUCAUCGUCUACGUGGUUUACUACGUCCGGCAAAACCAAGCCGAGGCCCGCCGCCAUUUGGAGUACCUGAAGAGCUUACCCAGCCCACGCAAGACCCCCACGGAGACAGAUACCCUCAGCACUGGCUUCUGAACCCCUGAUGUCCAAACAGUCCUGGCUGGUAACAUCUCACCCACUGGUGCUCCUCCACUGGUCUACACACAAGAAGACUCUUUUUGCAGACCCUCAUGAUGCUCCUUGGACUCUUUGACCAGCUGGAGGGUUUUUAUUUAUUUAUCAUGUCCUGAAGAACACAACCUUUUAUUUGACCACUGAAGUUCAGGUGGUUUUAGUCAAGUUUUUUUUUUUACAUUUUGACAAUAAAUGAUUGAGUUAUUUUUUUUUAAAUGUUAAUGUUUAUUUUCUUGAAUUAGCAAUAUAUAUAUACACACUACCGUUCAAAAGUUUGGGGUCACCCAAACAAUUUUGUGGAAUAGCCUUCAUUUCUAAGAACAAGAAUAGACUGUCGAGUUUCAGAUGAAAGUUCUCUUUUUCUGGCCAUUUUGAGCUUUUAAUUGACCCCACAAAUGUGAUGCUCCAGAAACUCAAUCUGCUCAAAGGAAGGUCAGUUUUGUAGCUUCUGUAACGAGCUAAACUGUUUUCCGAUGUGUGAACAUGAUUGCACAAGGGUUUUCUAAUCAUCAAUUAUCCUUCUGAGCCAAUGAGCAAACACAUUGUACCAUUAGAACACUGGAGUGAUAGUUGCUGGAAAUGGGCCUCUAUACACCUAUGUAGAUAUUGCACCAAAAACCAGACAUUUGCAGCUAGAAUAGUCAUUUACCACAUUAGCAAUGUAUAGAGUGUAUUUCU